AAACAGUUGUGAAUAAAACUUGUAACCGUAAAGUGUUAAAAAAAGAAACGAAUAUAACGAGCGCGUAAAAAUUAUAAAGAAAAAUAAUUAUCAUUACAAUUUUAAGAUUUUUUUUUUUGGUUUCGUCUUAUAAAAAAAAUUAAAACAAAUAAUAUAAAAAAACUGUGAUAAAUAUAAAAUUAUACAACAAAAAAAAAAAAAAUUACAAAAAAGUAAUGUCUCAAAUCAACACAACAAGUCAUAACAGCAGUCGUCGGAGUAGUGGAAUAACCAUGUCCACGAACUGCCAACAUUUAAAAAUGUUUUUCGUAUUGGUACUUUUCACAUGCAGCCUUCUGCAUUGUGUUCAUGUUGCCGUUGGAGAAAAUGAUGCACGUUUUGUAUACAAUAAAUCAAAAACGGAUGCAGCAACCAGUGCAGAAACUACAGAUACAAAUGUUAAACUACUCGAAGAAAACGAAACAGAUCCGAUUCCCAUGGAUUUUUAUCGACAACUAAAUAAUAUAACAGACAUAUCGGAAUUUAUAGAGAAAUUUAUUGAUCCUGAAAGUAUAGACCCACAAUUAGGUAUACAUGAAAAUUUAAAACGAAACGUGGAAAGAGCCGCUGUUAUACGUGCUAAAGCUGCAAAUUGUAUACCCGAGAAUACAGUCGUCGAUUUAACGCCCAUUAACCCCAAAAGUAACUAUUUUCCCCGCUGUACACGUGUCAAACGUUGCGGUGGCUGUUGCAGCACCCAAUGGAUGUCGUGUCAACCGACAAAAACUGAAAUUGUCAAUUUUCAAGUCUAUCGUUAUUGCUAUGAAGAGGUAAAGGCAAAAUUUUGCGGUUUUGAGGUGAUUCCCGUGGAACAGCAUUUAGAAUGUAAAUGUGAUUGUCGCAAAAAACCAGAGGACUGCAAUUCGUAUCAACGUUACCAGGACUGUCGCUGUCAUUGCAUUAACGAUGAGGCCCGUGAGAAAUGCAUAAAUUUGGAACACAAAAUAUGGGAUGAUGAAAAUUGUCGUUGUGUGUGUAAACAGAAUGAGAAUUGUACGACAGGUUCUUAUUAUGAUGAGAAUCAAUGCAAAUGUCUACUGUUAAAUGGUAAUGGGGAUAUUGAUAGUGGAGAUAUUGUGGUUCCUCCGAUUGUUAAUAAUCGUCGACGCUUUUUUGUCAAACCCAUAGAAGUAGAUCCCGAUAAUAGCACAAUUUAUGAGGUAUAAUUUCUUUAAAAAGAAAAUCAUAUUUUAGUUUAAUACAUUUAUUUUAGAAUUUAUUAAUUAUCAGUAUUUAAUGUUCAAAAAAAAAAAAAAAAAAAACAGUUUAAUCAGAAACCGCACAUUUUAAUUUUAAUUGUUUAAAAAGAAUUGUAAUUUAGUCAUUUAUCAAGGUAUGCAUAAAGACUGUAAAUCUAUCAUAUCUAAUAUUGAUAAAGUUUCUUUAAAGUUUUUUUUAAAAAUUUCUUUAAUGUUUCUUUGUUUGUUUCCAAUUUAACUAUUUUAUUUAAAAAAAAAUCUAUUAUUUAUGCCUUUGUAUGUCUGUAUAAUUUAAAAAUUAAAUAUUUUUUAUGUUUUUUUUUAGUAAUUUUAUUAAAAUUUUAAUAUUAAUGUUAAGUUUAGUUUAGACUUUUUUGUCAUUUUGUUUUUCCAUUAAAAUAUUUUCAUAUGUCAAAACGCCUUAGCAAUCAAUCAAUGUGUUAGAAAUCUAUGAAAAUUCUAAUCUUGGACUAGCUCCAGAAAGUUAUAGAGAACAUAUACACAACCUUGAAAACAGUAGUCUAUUUUGGAGUAAAGACCAAAAAUUUUUUCGAAAUUGUUUUAGGGUAGCUUUAUAAAGUCGAUACUCGUUCGAAUUUGCCAUUCUCGGAACUAUUUCCAAGAAGGUUAUUAAGAAUAUUUACUAUAUAGUUCUUCUUUAAGCGAAAUUGUGUUCGAAACUAUUGAAAUUUUUUAACCAAUUUUUGAACAAAUCGCGAAAAAUUUUAAUCAUUUAGUCGCCACUUUUUUGUGUUAAAAGGAUUUUCAUAAAGGAUAUACGAAACUUUGGGGGCUAAGGUCAAAUAUGAACCGAUCCUAACAAAAUUUGUUGGAGGGAUUUUUGUUGCCAUUAAAGUUAAUCAUGACGAAUUUCAUUAAAGGAAUUAACGACGUUCAAGCAUUUUCAGAGAGGGUCUUGCAAGGGGCUAAGAUUAAAUCAUUUGGGGGCUAGGUGAAAUAAUGGACCGAUAUCAACCAAAAUCACAAGGGUUCGUCUGGGUUAAAAGUAAUGCGUGUACCAAAUUUCAUUCAAAUAUCUUAAAAAUUACAACCUGUAGUUUGAUUACAAGGACGGACGGACAUGUCUUAAUCGAUUCAGAAAAUGAUUCUGAGCCGAUUGGUAUACUUAAAGGUGGAUAUAUGGGACCAUUAAUUCUAUCCGUUACAAACAUCAGCACAAAUCCAUUAUACCCUCCCCACUAAAGUUGUGUAGGGUAAAAUUAUUUUAACCAACAAAAUUAAAAUUAUUUUAACCAACAAAUAAACGAUAACCGGAGCUGGAGCUAACGGGCCUUAAAGUUUUAACUGAUGCCUGAUGGAACAAUUAUAGUAUCAGUGUAAAACUCUUGCCAAAGAGCUGGUUCUAAAUUGAAGCAUAACUGAUCGAAUAAGAUUUCGUAGCGAAAAUACAUUUCGAUAUUAAAAUUUUGCAAAUUUGUAUUAGAUUUCUUAUUCGAUAUCGAAUGCCAUCAUGUCAAAAGGGAAAUUUACGAUAAAUUUAAAAUCUUCUUAAGGCUCUGUCGUACAACUUUCUUGAUCUAUUGCUGGCUACUUUAUGUAUACCCAUUGUGUUUUGCUACCCUAAAAUCAGUAUAAUAAAAAGCCCACUUUACGAUUUUUGAAGAUUCUAGCUGAAACAGUUUCCCAGAUAUACGAAUUUUUAUAUUUAAUUCAUAUGGGAGCUGAAAGACCGCUAAUUUAUCACCCAAAUGUCCACUAAUAUGUCAGAGUUCUUGGUGAAAAAUUCUAGGAUUCUAGCUCUAGUAGUUUCCUAGAUAUACGUGGGAAACCUCCCUAAUAAAAGUCAGCCCAUUUUUCACCUAAAUAUUUACUUGGAUGUUAAAAUAGAUUCUAACUCUUAAUAGUUUCCCUGAUAAACGAAUUUUAUUAUUAAAUUCAUAUGGAAGAGGUCACGACCUCUGUUGAUGGGAAUUUUCUUUAUAUAGGAGUUGCUACGCCUAUUGUAUCUGCCCAUUUUAUCCCCAUGUAUUCAUAUGGAUGUCAAAGUUGUCCAUACAAAAUUAGAAAAUUUAGCUCUAGAUAUGCGAUUUUUAAUACUUCUUUUGUAUGAGGGCGUGGCACGUCGCCCACUUGAAAUUUUUAAGUAAAAAGUAGCCUAUAUAUAGUUCCUUCCAGACAUACAGGAACAUUUCAGUGGAAGACUUUUCUUGGUAGUUUAAGCGUAGUAAACUACCACGUUAACCAACCAGAUCGUGAAUCGAGCUAUAAGUUUAUGGCGGAUUUUGUUCGAAACUUGUAGAAAUAUAUUUAUUAAAAUCCUAAUUUUUGAAUAAAAAUUUGUACUUCUUUUGGGCGUUUUGGCAUUUUAAUAUUUACUUUAAAUAUCUUCAGCACUAAAAGUUCUAACUGUUCGUUUGUUUAAGCUUUUAAAAACAUAAUCAGAAAACUUUUUUUCUAAAAAAAAAAAACUAACAUGGCAGCCUAUUUUAGUUAAAAAAAUACCAGUUUAAACUAUUGUAAAUAUCAAAAUUAAACUAAAGAAAAUAAACACAAACUUUAGGCCCAUAAAUAAGCAAAUGUCUAAAAUAUAUUACUACCCUAAUGUACUUUUAUUAAUCUUUUAAAUAUUCUAUCUAUAAAUUAAUCAUAGAACGAACAGCUUAAUUGUAACAAAAAAUGUUUAUCAAAUCAAUUAAAAAUUAUUAUUAAAUGUAUGUUAAAAUUGUGUUUUAGCCAUUUGGUCUAAUUUAUUAUAUUAUCCUUUAUAAUUUUAAUGUUAA